CACCUCUCCCUCUUUUCUGGCAGCAGCCAGCACAGCCGCAGAGCCAAAGCAGGCAGGAUAUGGGCAAAAAAACAACUUAUCCCCCUGCGAGGCUGCACCCAGAGCAGCUGAAGCGGCGCUCAUGCUGAGGGUCUCGGCUGCUGGGAGCCCAGUCCGACCAGAUCUGCUGCUAAUCCAGCAUAAGGAGUGUCUACCUGCCGGACUCUGUGGUUUCUUACUCUUCAUUUCUGGCCUGUUGGAAAGUUGUGCUGUGGCCUCCCCCGAGGAUGUGAGGAUGCCAUCUUUGCAGGCGUUCUGAGGGGAAGCUGUUUGGAAGUUCAUGGCCAAAUGCAGAGCGGUGGUGGCCGAGGAAAAGCAGUUUAGAGGCACAAUGUCGGCCACGCAGGGGAUGAACCGCAGCGGCGUCUACAACUACUUCCUCAACAUGGUGGCCUAUCAGAUCUGCUGCUGCUGUGGCCCGGCUCCCUGCUCGCUCUGCUGUGCCUUCUGUCCUCCGGUCAAAUCGUCCACCAGCACCAGGGUCAUGUACACUCUGUUCCACAUCAUGAGCUGCGCUGUUUCCUGCCUCAUGCUGUCCAGAACCGUCUCCGAGCUCGUCAGGGAAAAUGUGCCUUUCUUCAACGUGGUGUGUGACCAGGCGCACGGCGGAGGCCACUGUGAGAUGCUGGUCGGAUACUCGGCCGUCUACAGAGUCUGCUUCGGCACGUCCUGUUUCUACCUGAUGAUGGCGCUCUUCCUCAUCGACGUCAAGUCCAGUCAGGACUUCAGGGCGAUGAUUCACAACGGCUUCUGGUUCCUGAAGUUGAUCACGCUGCUCGGGAUGUGCACCGCCGCCUUCUUCAUCCCCACAGAGUCCUUCCUGCACGCUUGGCAUUAUGUUGGUGUGGUGGGAGGAUUUGCCUUCAUCCUCAUCCAACUCAUCCUCAUCACAGCUUUUGCACACACCUGGAACAAGAACUGGUUGACUGGGGCAGCAGAGAACAAGCGGUGGUACCUGGCGGUGAUGUGCGCCACGCUCUUCUUCUACACCAUCGCCACCAUGGCCUUCACCUUCAUGUACAAGUACUACACCCACCCCAUCGCCUGCCACUUCAACAAGGCGCUGCUGUGGAUCAACCUGGGCCUCUGCGGCCUCAUGUCCUUCAUUGCCGUCACUCCGUGUGUGAAGCAGAAACAGCCUCGCUCUGGCCUCCUCCAGGCCUCCAUCAUCAGCUGUUACGUCAUGUAUCUGACAUUCUCGGCUCUGUCCAGCCGCCCGCCAGAGAAAGUUGUGUAUCAGGGCAUGAACAUGACCGUCUGUUACCCCAGUGUGGGACAAGACGGCAUCCAGAACGAAGGCAAUGCUGUGGCUAUAAUUGGAGCCGCCAUCAUGUACUGCUGCGUGCUGUUUGCAUGCAAUGAAGCGUCCUACCUGGCUGAGGUGUUCGGCCCGUUUUGGAUGAUCAAAGUUUAUCGGUAUGAGUUCCAGAAAGCCACCUGCUGCUUCUGUUGCCCCGAGGAGGAGGAAGUUGAAGAGGAUUUUGUGAUCGACGACGAGAACAAAGGCUGUCAGAAGGUCAUUCACAAUGAGGCCCAGCGAGUGGCUUACAGCUACUUCUUCUUCCACUUUGUCUUCUUCUUGGCGUCGCUGUACGUCAUGAUGACCCUCACCAACUGGUUCAGCUAUGAGUCAGCGGUUCUGGAGACCACCUUCACCCACGGCAGCUGGUCCACAUUCUGGGUGAAGAUGUCGUCCUGCUGGGCCUGUGUGAUGCUCUACCUCUGGCUGCUGCUGGGUCCUCUGUGCAGCUGCCAGUCCGAGUCCAGGCCUCGACGAUCACGGAUCAAACGCCGCUCAGCAUCCUCCCGCCACGUCACCGUCAGCGUCUGACACGAGGCGAGAUGUUGAUAGGAGGUCAGACGACUGCGAGCCUCCCUGCGGCGCCUGACGGGAGGAAACUGACAGGAAUGGAGGCCGCGGAGGUCAGAGGUCAAAGACUCACCGUGGUGUGAGGAGCACUGACGAAGAAGAAGAAAAAGAAGAAGAAGAAGAAGAAGAAGAAGAAGAAGAAGAAGAAGAAAGCUGAGCAUCCUGUUGACAGAACUGGUCACAGGCAAAGUCACAGGAUCCUUACAAGAAACCACUAACGAGGAUGUGACGGUGGUUUGGAAACUCUCUUACAGUAUGAAUUGCCAAAGGGAUCCGAAGGAGAGGAGGGAUUUACAGUGAGCAGGGGAAAGGACAGAGACAUUUAUGAGUUUUUAUUGUUCAAUUUUAGUAGUGUUUUUUAUUUUUUGGGAGUAUUUAGUCAUUUAAUAUUAUAACAGAGAAGGAGGUGAAGAUAUUCGCUGAAAUCUUGCUACAGAGGAUCACAGUCCAAUUUUUUCUUCUCAUACAUGAAACCAGAGAACCUUGUCCCUCCAGUGAUCUUAGAGAAAUGAUUGAAGGUUGUGAGCAUGAAUAAAUCUUUCAAAAGCUGCAGACAUGGAACCAAAUGCAAGUUCAAACAUGACAUACAGAGCAAGAACAGGAAUCCCCAUAAAAAUCUGUGGAACAAGCACAGAAAUAACUGAAUAAGCAGAUAAAUCCUCUCUGCCAGUGGGGUCCAAUCCUGGUGGUCAUUGCAGUUAAACACUACAAAAGAAACUCUUUUUGAUUUAAUCUGCACAAUCUCUCUGAGUUUUUUUUUUUACAUAAACAUAAUGCAAUUUUUAAUUCUAAAUAAUUUAAUUAAAGAAAGUUUAAAUUCCAAUCUGAAAUAUCAUUUUCCAUAUGAGGUUAAGGCCCUGUCACACUCUAGCGUAUAGAGCCAGCGUCUGAGGAACUUAUGGACUUUUUGGGAAUACGCUGACAUACGCUGAAACACGCUAGGGGUAUGCUGGAAUACGUUUCUAGUAUGCCGGGGUACGUUGAUGUACGCUGAGGGCCAAAAAUUUUUUUGAACAUGCACAAAAAUUUUCAGCGUAUGCUGACGUAUGAAUGUUACGCUCCUCAUAUGUUCCUCAUACUCUGAACACGCUAGAGGUACGCUGAAGGUAUGUUACGCAUACGUCGAGUACGCUUCUCAUACGUUGAAAUUGAGUGGGUCAGGAAACCUCGUGUUAGGGGAGCGUAUACUGAACGUGUGUCUGACGAAUGGCUAACGUUAUGAUGGUAGUUCUAACGACAGUCUAACGUACUCAACUUAUGCCUAACGUGUUCUGAGCAUACAGCCAAUUUAUCCCAUGCGUAUUACAUGCGUAUUUCCAGCGUAUGGGGGAUAUAUAAAGUCUCACAUUUCCAAAUCUGUAUCAGUUUGUACCAGCAGUUCAGAGAUGGAGGUUGCUGUGCUGCAACAUCACCAAGAUUUGUUACAGUUGGCAGCUGAGUAUGCUAGACACAGAAGAAGAAGGCGUAGAAUGAGACGUGCAAUCUGGGUGAAACCUUGGACUGGAAGGCGGCGUCAAUUUGGCCUUUAUGACCAGCUUAUGGUUGAAUUGAGAAAUGAAGAUCAGAGAGCCUUCAGGAACUUCCUACGCAUGCCUCCAGAAAUGUAUGAUGAACUGCUGGACAGGGUUGGUCCCAACAUCACGCUCAUCAUACGUUAGGCUGACGUUCCGCAUACGUUUCUCAUACAUUGGAGGUACGCUGAUAUACGUUACUCAUACGUCGGUAUAUGUCCAACUCAAAUACACAUGACAUCACAUCACAUUCACUAACAUAUGCUAUGUAUACGCUACUCAUACGCUGACGGUACGCUAGGCUCACGUUACUCUAACGGUCAUUAACCGAAAAUCAACCUCAUAGCUGAAAAGUUGUGCGUAUAAACAACUUUUCAAAAUAUUCAAUAUGUUCCUCAGACGCUGGCUCUAUACGCUAGUGUGACAGGGCCUUUACAUGGCACACAUACAGUUUUUCUGUGAUGAUAGAAGCACAAUCAGAUUAAUUUAGAAACUAGUUACAAUGAAACAUUUUAGCACUUUAGUCAGAUAACAUAGCUCCUUGUUAACCCACAACUUUCAGAUUUUGCAUUUGUUUUUGCACAAAUUAAAUGAGAUUAAGUCUGACAUGUUCAUUAGAGCAGAGAAUGACCAAUAUGGUUUUAUCAGUAGUGAGAUUAUUAUUACUGAUUAUUAGUAAUCAAGGAGACCGUUCGAAAGUUUUGGGGUCACUUAGAAAUGUUCUUACCUUUGAAAAGAAAUGCAGUUUUUUUCAAUGAAGAUAACAUUAAAUGAAUCAGAACUACAGUGUAGACAUUGUUAAUGUGGUAAAUGACUAUUCUAGCUGGAAACGGCUGAUUUUUAAUGGAAUAUCUCCAUAGGGGUACAGAGGAACAUUUCAUUGUGUUAGCUAAUGGUGUUGAAAGGCUCAUUGAUGAUUAGAAAACCCUUGUGCAGUUAUGUUAGCACAUGGAUAAAAGUGUGAGUUUUCAUGGAAAACAUGAAAUUGUCUUGGUGACCCCAAAACCUUUGAAGGGUAGUGUACAUUUACAGUAAAAAUGCAAAUCUUGGUUUCAAAAUUUAGAAAUAAGACCAACUCCAAUUUAAACCUUGGUUGAAAUGCCUUUAAUAAUUAAAGAUGAAGAUUCAACAGUAAUUAUUUGCACUUUCUUGUGAUGUGUAACCAAUCAAGUGACUAAAUAUAUAGAGGUGGCGGCAUCAGAGCCAAAGAAGCUAAUGUUUAAUUGAUUUUAUCUGCAAUCGGUUAAAAAAUAACAAUGGAGAUAAUCUGCAAAAUACUGAAUAUUGGCUCUGAUAAACAUCCAGAACCAUAACUGGUCGACUCCAACCUCAGAGGGCUUUAGUCUGUUGAACUGGACAUAGGGUUAGGGUUAGGGUUUCAAUCCUCAUAUUGACUUCUAGCUACAGCUCUAGGAAAUGCUAAUCUCAUAAAAAAGGCCAAUAAACAUUCUCAAAUUGUCCAAACUUGCUGAUUAUCCACUUUCCCAGAUGUUACCUGUUUGAACAUCUACUAAGGACUUUUCAAUCCAUCUAUAAAUGAACUUUAAUGGGACUGUUGCAAAUCUAAAAUCAGCUGGUGGAGUUACAAUGAAUAGAAAAGUGUGUAUUUACACAGAAUAGUUGUGUGAGUUUUAUUUCAAUUAGUGCUGACAUUUACAAACCAGAACAUUUACAAACAAAACCAAUUCAACUGCAUCUUUUAAUCCAUUCAAACACUUCAGCUCAUGAUUCUCACCUGCAACUCCAAGAUUUAUUCAUGUGUCCAAGCUAAACCUGAAGUGUCCGAGAUCACAGGAGCAGAAAUGAAACAGACUUUUAAAUGCUAAGUAGCAGAAGAUUUCUGAGAGUGACACAAAUUUACGAUGCUGUGAAAGGUCAGGACAAGAAGAAGGACUUUGUAUUUGAUUUACAGUGAGAAAGAAAUUCUCAUUUUGCUGCCCUACAGCUCAUCAUCCGCUUCCACAUUCAUCAUUAAAGUCCAGAUAGGAUUAAUCUGUGAAAUUUAAAUUUAGUUUUGCAAAUGUUACUCAGUGUUAAAAACUUGAUUAGGAGGUCAAAACGAAACACAGAAAAAAAGCUAUUCCAGAGGUCAUAGGCGUAGAUUUCUGCUCGAUAUUGAGAAAAUGUGCAUUUGAUCCUCAAAUAGGAACAUAAAAGUAGAAACAAAGGACUUUUAGUUGCUCAUUUGUCCUGCACUCUGUAUUUUCCUUGACAUAAAUAAAGAGAUUUGCAUCAUAAAUUGGUGCAGAAAAGGCGAAAAUGGGUAAAUGUUCAAAUGAAAUCUACGCCCGUGUCAGAAGGGAUAGAAACUUUCUGUCUAAUGAAGUCUACAAGACGCUAAAGUGUAUUUGUGAAUCUAAAAAAGCUCCCAUCCAUCCAAGAAUAACAAAUACUCCAAGAAUGUCUGAAACUGAGCUGAGUGUCUGUGAUGACUUCUGUACAGUUAAUGAGCAGUAAUCUGGCACAGUUAAAAAAAAAUACAUGUACAUUUAUAUUAUCUGCAGUUUGUUUUAGUGUUUCAUUUGUUGUAGAUGUAAAGAUUUUUGUAAAUACACUGUUUUCUUACAAAA